GUCACUCCUCUCUCCUGCUGUUCUGCUCGUUGGUGAGUCUGCAGGGCGAAAACUGCUCCGCCGAGGAAUUCAAGAGGAGCUGCAGACAAGAGGGAGCUGGUCUAUUUCUUAACACAGGAGGUGCAAACCCCGCAGUCUGAGGCCCUUACCUGCCCUCCCUCAUCCUCCCCCCCUCCCCUCAUCAUCCUGUCUGAGCCCUGCACCUGUUGUGACUCGUCAGCCAGGUGAAGGGGAUCCUUUGGCGUUACGCUAUUUUUUCAGCUGACCAUAGCUGCAGGGCAAUUAGGAAGCCAGUCUAUUCAUUUGACUGGAUUGCUGCUUUGCUUUGCUUUGCUUUGCUUUGCCCUGCUCUCUCUCUCUAUCUUUCUCUGUCUCCCUCUACAACCCACCUCCCUCCCCUCCCUGCCUAACCCUACCCCCCUCCCACUCCAUCUCUGUCUAGCCCAGUCUGAGCCUGGUUGACACUGUGGCUGUUGGGACGUGUGGAGCCGCAGAGAUUUCACCACUGGAGUAAAAGCGUGGAUCAUAUGGAAAGGACACAGGAGAAGAAAGGGUGAAAUAUAAAUCUCGUGGAGGACAGACAAAUUGGACCGCGCAUUGGACGGCUGAGGUAUAAAAGAAAAAACUCCAAACAAUAGGAUUCUGCAGUUGGAAGAGCAGUAGGUAUGAGAAGCCAGACUGUGGUUGUGUCUGUGGCUCUGCUGGCCCUGUGCUGCCUGCUGAUCCCCAGAGGAGGGGAGAGCGCUGGGGGGAUAGUUUCUCUCCGGCAGCCUGAGGGGGAGAAACAGGCAGGGGAUCAGCUGCAAGAUGAGUCCCUGGAUGACCCAGAAAGUGAGCAGGGACUCGCAGAGGACCCACACCCACUGGGAAGCAGCAGCAAGGCCAAGAGAGGCACAGAGGAGGCUGCAGGGGCAGGUAUUUUGGGCAGAGUGAAGAGAGCACCAGAGGAAGGUAAGAAGAAGAAGAAGGACAAGAAGAAGAACAAAGAGCCAAAGGACCCUAAAGCCACCAAAAAGCCCAAAACUGAUAAGAAGAAGAAGAAGAAGGACAGGCAGACAACAACAACCACAACUCUACCACCAACCACAACAGCAAUCCCGACAGAACCACCCACUGAGCCAUACACAGACUACCCCUAUCCUGAUGUUGACACCGAUUACUGGAAACCGGACGAUGACUACUGGGACGCUGAGCCCACACCAUCCAGGCCUCCGCCUGAUACUCUAAUCACAGAUCUUCCAUACGACUACUGGAAGCCAGAGGAGGAAGACCCAGCCACUCCUGUAACAGAUGCCUACGAAGACUACUGGAAACCAGAGGAGAAAGAGCCGCCCACCCUGCCACCCUACGAUGACUAUUGGAUACCAGACGAGAAAGAGCCGUAUGCUCCUGUGACUGAUAACUAUGACAGCUACUGGAAAGAGGUGGAACCAACGCCCCCUGCCCCUGAGGUUGAUGGGAAGGCUGGGACAGAUGACAGCGAUUACUGGGAUGCCACAUUUGAGGUUCCAGAUAAUCUUCCAUUCCCUGAUGGUAAAGAGGUCAGCCCUGAGAUCGAAGUAGAAACUCUACCAGAAGAGCCCACAGCCACUGCUCCCUAUGAGGGGACAUGGUAUGAUGAUUACGACGAAUAUGGAAUGAGGAGAAAAGAAGAUGAGACGGACGAGAAAUGGAUGGAGCGAGAGCGAGAGAGAGCAGCAAAGGAGAGAGAGAGGGAAGAGAGAGAGAGAACGCGGAAGCUGAAGGAGGCAGAGGAGCGAGCCAGGAGCAGACCACGUGUCUACAAAGAGCCAAAGAAGUGCCCUCCCCUGGGGAUGGAGUCCCAUAAGAUCGAGCCAGACCAGCUUUCAGCCUCAUCUAUGUCUCAGUAUCAUUUUGCACCUCAGAGGGCGCGCCUCAACAUGCAGGGCUCUGACGAUGAGGACGACAUGAGAGGUGGAGCGUGGUGUGCAAACGCAGAGGACAGAAUCCACUGGUUUGAGAUUGAUGCUCGCAGGGAGACAGAAUUCACCGGAGUCAUUACUCAGGGACGAGACUCAUUUAACGAGAGCGACUAUGUGACAUCCUACUUCCUAGCUUUCAGCAACGACAGCAGAGAAUGGACCACCAUCCAUGAUGGAUACGCUGACUGGUUGUUCUUUGGAAACAGUGAUAAAGACGUUCCGGUGAUGAACCAGCUGGCAGAGCCUGUGUUGGCCCGCUACAUCCGGAUCAUCCCUCAGAGCUGGAACGGCUCUCUGUGCAUGAGGCUGGAGGUCCUAGGCUGCCCACUGCCUGAUCCAGCUGAUGUUCAGUACAGGCAAAAUGAAGUGACACCAGUGGAUUACUUGGAGUUCAAACAUCACAGUUACUCAGAGAUGGUUGCACUUAUGAAGUCAGUACAUGAUGAGUGUCCCAACAUCACCAGCAUCUACAGCCUGGGCCGCAGCUCCAAGGGACGGGAAAUCAUGGCCAUAAUCAUCUCCGGCAACCCCACAGAGCACGAAAUAGGUGAGCCGGAAUUUCGCUUCACGGCAGGUCUCCAUGGAAACGAGGCGGUAGGUCGGGAGAUGCUUCUGCUUCUCAUGCAGUACCUGUGCAAAGAGUACAAGGACCGAAACCCCAGAGCCCAGCAGCUGGUGGAGGGGAUACGCAUCCACCUGGUGCCCUCGCUCAACCCCGAUGGACAUGAAGAAGCUUUUGAAGCGGGAUCAGAGCUGAGCAGCUGGACCACCGGACACUUCACUGACGACGGCUUUGACAUUUUCCAAAACUUCCCUGACCUGAACAACAUCCUGUGGGAUGCUGAAGAUAAGGGCAUGGUGCCCAAACUCACCCCAAACCAUCACGUGCCCAUACCGGAAAACGCAGAGCUCAACAGCUCGAUUGCUGUGGAAACCAGGGCCAUAAUCUCCUGGAUGAAAAGCCAUCCAUUUGUGCUGGGUGCGAACUUCCAGGGCGGGGAGAAAAUUGUGACCUAUCCUUAUGACAGUUUACGUCCCAACAAGCCUGACCAGAGCCAGAAACCCCAUAGCCGCAAGAAGAGACAGUAUGAGGAGGAAACUUUUGAUGUGACAGAGUGGGGGAGGGGCUACCACGAGGAGCCAGAGGAAGACUGGAGAAGCAGGGGAUAUGCAGAGCCAGAAGAGGAGUGGAGGGGUCACGGCUACGACCAUGGUUACGAUCACGGCUACGACCACGGCUACAACCAUGGCUACGACCCCAGUUACAACCAAGGUUACAACCAAGGGCAAGACCACAGAGAGGAAGAGGAGGAUGACAGAGGUAGAGGCGCCGGCUACCACUACACUGAGCCUGAGGACGAGCCUCGGGUGAUUGCAGACGAGUCCCUCUUCAGGUGGCUGGCCGUCUCCUACGCCUCCACUCACCUGACCAUGACCCACAACUACCAUGGCUCCUGCCACGGAGACACCGCUGGAGGGGCUCUUGGCAUUGUCAACCGGGCCAAAUGGAAGCCAGUCACAGGCAGUAUGAAUGACUUCAGCUACCUGCACACCAACUGUUUUGAGCUGUCAGUAUUUCUGGGCUGUGAUAAAUUCCCUCAUCAGAGUGAGCUGGCGUAUGAGUGGGAGAAAAACAGAGAGGCAAUGCUCAUCUUCAUGGAGCAGGUGCAUCGCGGCAUCAGGGGUAUUGUGAAGGAUCAGCAGGGGAACCCCAUUGAAAAUGCCACUGUGUCUGUAGAGGGCAUAAACCAUGAUGUCACUACAGCUCCAACAGGAGAUUACUGGAGGCUGCUGAACCCAGGGGAGUACCGUGUGACAGCCCGAGCUGAGGGAUUCGCCCCCGUGACCAAACUCUGUGUGGUGGGUUACCAGUCAGGAGCGACCGCCUGCAGCUUCAACCUGGCUAAGUCCAACUGGGACCGCAUUAAACAGAUCAUGGCUCUCCACGGCAACAAGCCAAUUCGACUCAGCUAUAGCAACAACAGAGCACAUUAUCCCCAAGUUGUUAAUGGCAACAAUCGUGUGGUAGAGAGCAACACUGGGUAUUCACCAAAUUCACGAAUCAGCGCUGAAAGGCAGAGAAGGCUCAGGAUAGCUCGUAUCCGUCGCCUUCGGCAACAGAGGUUACUGAGGUUAAGAUCGACAACGACGACGUUACCCCCGACGACAACAACAACCAUCACCACAAUUCCCACAACACCAGAAACCACCACGUCCUGGUACGACUCGUGGCUAACAAAUGAGGGAGAAUCCUCGACGCCUGGCGGGUUCACAGACUCCAUUCUGGAUUAUAACUACGAGUACAAGAUCGAUAACUAUUAAACCAAACACUCACAGCCUGUUUCACAGCCAGUUUCUGUAAACUAUCACCCUCUCCUAUUUGUAGUUCUCAUUGCAUUGUUGUACUUCGAGCAGGUUGACAAAGAAUCAAAAGAGGAAUCCUGUCUUUGAAGGGCAUAUAAGCAGUGGGAAUGUACAGACUAUUAACUAUAUUAAUUGUAUAAAGAUAGCAUAUCUAUUACUUUACACUUGAAACAAUGCCUCUUCACAGAAACUGACGCCCGUUUCAGUUUGACAGUUCACAUUGCAUUUUUCCUGACUCAUUAUUCAGUUCUUUUUAUGAAAAAAAGGUUUAUUGUGGCUGCACAUUAAAAAAGCCGUGACAUUUUUUUUCCUUCACUAGAGCUGAAUUAUUUACAGCCUUCAUCCAUGACAGAAAGUUUUUACAGUAUGAACAGUCACUAAAGGUCUGAGAAGCUUUUAUUAACAAUUGGUAGCAGAGUCAGAGGAUAAGAGUCUUCUGCUGUGUGUCCUAAGACACAGCUGGGUUAGAGGAGUUAUUUUUCAAAUAAAGGCUUGUUUAUACAAAA